AAAAAUGAUAAAAUUGGGCGAGAAAUAAGACUAAAAGUUAGGGAAGUGAAAAAGAGACAAAUCCCACCCGUCGUGUCUUCUUGUUCAUCCUUUGUUUCCCUUUUUCUUUCUCACUGUUUCUGCCUUACUUAAAGUCUCAAUCUUUGCUUCAAAUUCAACCCAUCUCUUUUUCCUCCCUUCCCUCACAAUCAAAAUCUUAAUUCUCAGCUUCUGGUUUUGUCGAAAAUGGAAGGCGGUUCCGCUAGUGGAUCGGCUUCGGCUUUGUCAAACGAUGAAAAUCUCGUCGUUUCUUGUGAGGAUUCUUCUUCUCCUAUAGGGAAUGAGCUUGAGCUUGGUCUUACGUUGAGCCUUGGUCGCAAAGGGUAUCGAGAUUGUAGGGUUUACGCUGAUGAUUCUUCUUCUUCUUCAUCAUCUUCUUCUCUGAGCAGAGCUAGCGUAAUUGCUGGGAUCAAGAGGACAGCUGAUUCCAUGGCUGCAACUAGUGGGCAAGUUGUGGGAUGGCCACCAAUAAGGACUUACAGAAUGAACAGUAUGGUUAACCAAGCUAAGGCUUCAGCCACUGAAGAUCCGAACUUGGAGAUAAGUCAAGCCGUAAACAAGAAUAGAAGUGAUUCAACAAAGAUGAGAAAUUCCAUGUUUGUUAAGGUGACUAUGGAUGGCAUUCCUAUUGGAAGGAAAAUCGAUCUGAAUGCUCAUAAAUGCUAUGAAUCAUUGUCAAACACUCUAGAGGAAAUGUUUCUGAAACCUAAAUUAGGUUCACGCACACUAGAAACCGAUGGUCACAUGGAAACACCGGUCAAGAUACUACCAGAUGGGUCUUCCGGAUUAGUACUAACGUAUGAAGACAAGGAAGGAGAUUGGAUGCUUGUUGGCGAUGUUCCGUGGGGGAUGUUUAUUGGUUCAGUGAGAAGGCUCCGGAUAAUGAAAACAUCGGAGGCUACUGGUAAAGGUACAUUUACUGAUUCGAUCAAAUCCUGAUAUCUGUAUUAAAAUCAUUGUUUUGUCGUUGUGACCGUGUUUGUGUGAUCCUUGUUUACAGCUCAGAUGAUAUUAUGAAGCAAAUAAUAAUCUACGAAGAACCCUUUAUGUUUGAAGCAGUAAUAAGACAGAUCACAGAUCAAAGAGAAGACAAAAACAUUGUAAGAAGCUUCUUCUUCUUCUCUCCCCUUUACAGUUUCUUUUUUGGCUCUGCCAUUUUUCUUUUAGUUAGUUAUAUGUUCUCUUUGUAAAUCACACUUUAAAAAUCUAUAAGAAAACCCUUUCUUGCAC